CCUCUUAAAUACCUCUUUAAUCUCUCCACUUUCUUUUCAAACUUAUAUUCAAACUCGAUCUAUUAGUCUAUCUAUCAUAUUCCUCCCUCCCUCCCUCCCACCAGCCACAGAACACACAUACUUGCUUCCCACUCUUAUUUAUGGCUAUCAAAAAGGCUAAUCUACUUCAGCCCUCUGCCUCCUUCAGACAUAUUCUCAAAAGAUGUUCAAGCUUUGGCAAGAGAACAAACGGCUGUAAUGAAGAUGGUCUUCCUGAAGACGUCCCAAAAGGCCAUUUCGCCGUCUACGUCGGAGAAAACCGUAGCCGAUACAUUGUCCCGAUCUCGUGGCUAGCCCAUCCACAGUUCCAAAGCUUGCUGCAGAGAGCAGAGGAGGAGUUUGGUUUCAACCAUGACAUGGGAAUCACUAUCCCUUGUGAAGAAGUUGUUUUUCGCUCCUUAACUUCCAUGAUUAAGUUCAGAUAAAGUUCAAACAAAUACAAAUACUCAUCAUUUUUUUUUUUACUCUUUUAAGUUGUUUGAUUAUUAGUAGGAAAAAGGAGUUGGAAGGAGCCAAAUUUGCCCUCCUCCUUUUGCUGGAGUUCUUUUUUAACACGAUUGACGUAAAAUCAUCUUUGAUUAUAUAUUGUAAAAAUUUGGUUGUGCAGUUUUUCAAACUGUAAAGCUAAACCGUAUACCAUUUAUCUU